AUGGAGCUAUUUCAGGGAGGAUUAUCUGUUAGGAAUUAUGAGGCAGAGUUUACCCGUCUCAGGAAGUAUGUCCACUAUGGUCGAGAGGACGAGAUGAUGAUUAUCCGUAAGUUCCUUCGAGGACUUAACCCAUAUAUCAGGAGCAGACUUGAGGCAGUAGAGUUUCAUCGGCUUGCUGAUCUUGUUGAGCGUGCUGUGAAUGUUGAGGAGGCCAUUGCUGCUGAGAGAGCUUCUUCUAGCAAUGCCACACAACCUAGACGUCCAUCUGUUCCGUUCCAGCCUCAGCCGCAUUCUGCUAUGCAGCGAGGACGAGGAGGUAGAGCUUUUCGGGGAGGUCGUUCUGGAGGUUCUAGACCUAGAACCCCGACUUGUUUCACUUGUGGCCAGCUGGGCCAUGUUAGGAGGGAUUGUCCGACCGUGGGACAGUUCCAACCGGCUGUACCAUCUCACAUCACUUGUUUCACGUGUGGAGAGCGAGGACAUUAUGCGACAUCAUGUCCAUGCACUCAUCUUGCUCAGCCUGUUGUUUCGAGUGCUCGCCCCGCCAGACCAGUUAACCCACCUUUACCCUUACCUCCUGCUAAGCGUCAAGCCACUGCUGGUAGGGAUUACGCUUUAGAGUUACCAGGACCAUCCGGACCACCUCAGGGUCCGAUUUCAGGGACUUUGCUUGUGGGUGGAAUAUCCGCCCACAUCCUUUUCGAUUCAGGAGCAACACAUAGUUUUGUAGCUCCUGAAGUAGCAUCCCAAUUCGAUGGAGAAUUCACUAAGGUGAAUUUAUCCAUUUCCGUUCUAACUCCCGGAGAUCAAGUUCUUGAAACUGAAGGCUGUAAUCUAAGAGUUCCAAUCAUUAUCCAAGAUAUGGUUUUUCCGGCUGAUUUGUUAGUUCUCCCCUUAGAGAGGUACGAGGUAAUCUUAGGGAUGGAUUGGCUGUCAAGUUACCGAGCUCACCUUGAUUGUGGUCGAGGGAAGAUUGUUUUCGAGAGAGAUACCCAACCCCCUUUAGCUUACCAUGGCAUAGUACCAAGUGAUGGAGCGUCAUUAGUGUCAGCAUGA